AUACAAAACGGAGGCAAUAUGAAUUUGGAUUUUGCUAGGGUGUGCGGCAAGCACAAUCUCGUCUAUGAGGCCUACUAUAAACAGAUUGACCCAAAGGGCACUGGGGCCAUCGAAGCCAUGACGGCCGCCAAGUUCUUGAAAAAGUCCGGUCUCAGCGAUGUGGUGCUCAGCCGCAUCUGGGAUCUGUCCGAUCCGAAUGGCAAGGGUUUUCUGGAUAAGCCAGGCUUCUUUGUUGCCCUUAAACUGGUCUCACUCUCGCAAGCCGGCCAGGUGGCCAACAUGAACAACAUCUACGUGGACACAGUGAAUCCACCGAAAGUGGGUGAAAUACCAAAGGCAAUACCCACCCGCAUACAAACGGUGCCAGUUGCGAACGCUGGUGUCUCCAGUGGUGAUUGGACCAUCAGCGUUAUCGAUCGCCUUAAAUACGAGCAACUGUUCGAGUCGUUGAAUCCGCAGAACGGUAUGCUGCCGGGCAAUAAAGUAAAGGGCGUGCUGAUGGACUCCAAGCUGCCCAUGAACAUACUUGGCACCAUAUGGGAUUUAGCUGAUCAGGAUAAGGAUGGCAAUUUGGAUAAGCACGAGUUUAUUGUAGCCAUGCAUCUGGUUUAUCAGACACUCCAGAAGCGCACAGUGCCCAGUAUUCUGCCGCCAGAGCUGCGCAAGGCGCCCAAACCCGCCAUGCCACCGCCGCCAGCGGCAGCUGCUGUUAUUGGCGCUCCCAUGCCGCGUGCGCCGAGCGGUGAGGGUUUCGGCGAUGCUGGGUUUGUGGCUAACUUUCCCAAAGAUAUUGCACCGCCGGCAGCAAUACCACCACUGCCCAUCGCUGUGCCGCCCAUGACGCGCAUUCCACCGGUGGGCGCGGUUAGCACACAGCCGCUGAUACAAACUGAUCCACUGAUACCCAUUGGAGCACCACCAUCGGUGACGGCCAACGCUGAUUGGGUGGUCAGUGCGAACGAACUACUUCGAUUUGAGGAAAUUUUCCGGCAGUCGGAUUUAGACAAGGAUGGCCUAGUUUCCGGUCUCGAGGUGAAGGACAUAUUCAUUAAAUCGGGUAUACCACAACGCAGCCUCGCAGAUAUCUGGGCGCUGUGCGAUACCAAUCAAUCGGGCAAGCUGACCGUAGAGCAGUUCGCUUUGGCCAUGUGGCUUGUGGAGCGCAAACAACGUGGCGUGGAUCCGCCUCAAGUGCUCACAGCCAAUAUGGUGCCGCCAUCGAUGCGUGCAAUAGUCUCUGGUGUGGACGUGCAGCCGCAGGAAUCGAAGCCAACAUACUCGAAUCCCGAACUGGAGAUGAUAUCGAAGGAGAUCGAAGAACUGGCACGCGAGCGACGUGCCCUGGAAACGGAAAUAGCACAAAAGGAGGCCGAUGUGCGCAUCAAGAAUGGCGAAGUGCGCAGCCUGCAGAGCGAAUUGGACACUUUGACGGCAACGCUGAAGCAGCUGGAGAAUCAGCGCGGCGAGGCACAGAAACGUCUGGAUGAUCUACAGGCUCAAGUGACCCAAAAUUUGGCCGUGCUGGCCAAUGUAAGUCUUGACAUUAACCGCACCAACAAUCAGGUCAUUAAGAUACGAGAUCAGUGCCACAAGCAGGAGGAAACUAUCAACGAACAGGAGGGUGAACUGAAUGCCAAGCGCUCGGAGCUGCAGAAGCUCAAGGAUGAGGAGUCGGCGCUGCAAAAGGAAUACGAUAACAACAAUCGCGAGCUAUCCAAGCUGACCAAACAUCUGCAGAAUACGCAGCUGCAGAUUAGCUCCGUGCGCUCCAUGGUCACCCAGCUGAUGGAAACGCAGCGCCAAAUGACCGAUGCGCUGCUCAUUUGUCGCGCCGCCAUGGAGAAUCAAAAUGCUGAGCUAGUCUCGGAAUAUCAGCUUAAAAUCGAGCCGGACUUUGAUGAUGCGCGCAAAACGCUGCAAAAAGAAAUCGAUAUGUCCAAAGAAGAUCCCUUCGAGGAGAACAACAGCGGUGCUGCCAACAAGGCUACCAAUGGCUUUGGCAACGAUCCCUUUAGUGGCCAGGCCAGCAAACCCACGCCCACCAUUACCGGCGGUUUUGAUGAUAGUUUCAACAUGAGCUCCGGCUUUGAUAGUGGCUUUGAUGCGUUUGGCCAGAGCAAUGCAAGUGGUUUUGGGCAAACGCAACGCAACGAUCCGUUUGGUACUGAUGCAUUCGGUGCCACUAAAUCCACUGCCGUAACGCCAGAGCCCGGCAAGGAUGACUUUGGCAGCGAUCCAUUCGCGGCGCUGCAUGCGCCCACGGGUCAGGGACAAGUGCUCAGUCCCAAUGCGCAACGAUCAGGCCCACCACCCAGACCGGAGUCACCCAGUCCAGCAUUGCCACCAAAAAAAUCCAAGGUGCCGCCACCCAGACCAGCUCCACCACGCGCAGCACAGCCAACAGGCGGCUUCGGCUCUAGCGCUGGCGGCGGCGGCGGCGGAUUUGCUGAUUUUGAAGACUUUGACAAUAAGCUACAAAACAUUCCAAUCGGUAACUCAAAUGCCAACACGCCAACAACAGCGUUAAACGCCACGCUGCUCGAUAGCUUCUCGCUGUUCGAUGAUACCCAGAGUCAAAGCCAGAGUAAGGGAGCCAGUUCUAGUACACCAACACUGCCACUGCCACUGCACCACCCAACAGCCUCCCAGCACACACUGCUAUCGACAUCAUUGACAUCGACAUCGACAUCGACAUCGGCAUCGACAUCAACAUUGACAUCAGCACCCGCAUCAGCCUCCACACAGGUCAGCAGCACAAAUAACCAACAUUUGUCGCGUUCCAAUACACCGCUGCAGACACAGGCAAGAGCGGGAACUGGAACUGGCGGUGGAUCACUGACGGGCCUCUUUGAUGCCUUUGGCGGCACCAGCAGCAAACUGGCGCCGACGCCAGUGCCUGCAGUUAUACAAGGGCCGACAGAUUUUAAGGAUGAUCCCUUCAAGGACUAUCGCUACGAGGAUCCAUUCAAUAUCAAAGAUCCCUUUGCAGACGAUGAUGAGAGUACAUCAGCGGGUGGAGCUAGUAAAAAGAACUUUGCCGAAGACUUUAGUUCGGAGGAUGAGCUCGCAUGCCGGCCCGUUAAUAACAAUAACAAAUCAAAGACAGCGACCCCGCUCAGCAGCGAAUUGUUGCAACAAUUUGAUGCAUUCAAUCUGAAUGCCAGUCCGGCGCCAUCGCAUCAUUCGAGCGCAUCGCAGCCCAAAGCGCUGGAUGCAUUCGCCGACUUCGAUGACUUUGCGUUGGAGAAGCCUGCAGCGGCGAGAUUGACAACUCAGAGCAAUGCGCAUGGGAACAAACUGAAUGAUUCCUUUUUCAAUGCAUUUAAUGAUCAUUUCAAUGACAACAAUUUGGACACCCUGAAGGCCAAGCCCAAUAGCGAACCAAUUAAGACCAAGUCGCAGGUGGCCGCUUUCGAUGCAUUUGCCGCAACGACGACGACAACAACAAAGGACUCUAAACUGUUUGAUGCCUUCAAUGACAACUUUGAGGAUAGCUUCAGCUCCAAUAAGCUCACCAAUUCGACCACUCUGGACAAUAAUUUUGCUAAAUUUGAUGCCUUUGAUUCACACAACUUCUCCAGUGACUUUGGCAAGUCCCUCGACGACAGCAACGCCAACAAAAGCAAACACAAUGGAAGCGCCGCCGCCGCCGCCAAGAAGAGCAAAGAGGCGCUGGGCGGCAAGGCGACGGAUAAGUUUGCGGCGGACUAUUCAAAGCCCGAGAGCUUUGAUGCCGAUCUGGAGGAGGCGCUAAAGCGCAGCAUGCUGGACAACUGAAUAGUUCUCGAAUCUAAGAAAAGAAAAAUUAGUUGAAACAACAAUUACAAAUGUGAUGUUGCAUACGAACAAUCUCUAAAUAACGACAAGAAUGAAUGUCCGCAAUAACCAGAUAUAGCUGUGCUCCGGUUAAAAGCAACUUUCCAAAAUCGUUAAAUAUUAUUGCUUUCAAUUGUUAUAGUUUAUUUUGUGCUCCAUAAUGAUCACUGUUUGGCAAUUGUCAUUGUGUAUUAUAACUACAUAUAUAUGUAUAUUCCAUAGUGUGUAUGUUGCGGAUACAUUGAAUGUCGUAAGGCGAAAGCAAAAGCCCCAAAAUGCUGGUAUUAUAUUCAUUAUAUCAUAUUUAAUAGUUAAUAUAUAAUCGACAUACUCGUUGACGUGCUUCUAUUAACGCGUUUACACGCAUGUACACCAAAACUCUAUGAAUAAACCAAGAGA